AUGGUGUCUCUGAUGGUGUCUCUGAUGGUGUCUCUGAUGGUGUCUCUGCUGGUGUCUCUGAUGGUGUCUCUGAUGGUGUCUCUGAUGGUGUCUCUGCUGGUGUCUCUGAUGGUGUCUCUGAUGGUGUCUCUGCUGGUACAGGCACCUGUAUCUCUGAUGGUGUCUCUGAUGGUGUCUCUGAUGGUGUCUCUGCUGGUGUCUCUGCUGGUGUCUCUGAUGGUGUCUCUGCUGGUGUCUCUGAUGGUGUCUCUGCUGGUGUCUCUGAUGGUGUCUCUGCUGGUACAGGUGCAGAGCAGAGCCGCAGCUGCUGUAUGA